GUGUUAAUUCAAAAAUAACAAAUAUCGGACAAGUAAAAAUACAUACAGUAGCUGUAUAGUGAAGUAAAUUACUGAGAAUUUUGUUCAUUUACUUUAGUAUGUAUUAAAAAACGAUUAAUAGACUUUUUCAUCAAUAUGACGUUUUAGUUACAGUGAAUUGCUAGAACCAGUGGUUUAUUUGUAUGAGAUUAGGAAUUUGUAGUGAAGCAAACGCACAAAAAAGCGAGAACACUGAUUCAAAAAUUAUUUAACUAUCCAACAAUUUAUUUGAACGAAUUGCCUGGUAGUAGUAGUAAUUUCAUACUACGUGGAGAAAACCUGAACUUAUUUUCUCUUCACUUCAAAUCUGAAAAAAAGUUGUUUGGGCCACCUAUGGGGUUGCUAAAAUUAGUCAAGACAAAAAAUUCAUGGACAGUAUAAUCUUAGUAUAUCUUUUUAUUACUAGAGUAUCCUUUAGUAUCAUGUCAUUUUUAAACCUAUAUGAUGACCAAGUUUAAUAUAUCUUGAUCCGAAUAUAUGACUAGAAAAAGACACAUGACGAAUAAAACGAUAUACAAACAAAUACACUGUACAGUUCGAAAAUGAUUGUCAAAUAAGGUAACUCAGAUAUAAGACAGAGUUUUGGAACUUAGGAAAAUAAUUUGUGCAAUCAGUCACAUAGAGAGGAUACGGUAGUAGUAGUAGUAGUAGUCAGUAGCAAAAUAUAACAGCAAUAAUAUAUUUGCAGUUCUUAUGGGUUCAAAUCUAAAGAUAAUUAGAUUCCGAUCUGUUUUGAGCAUAAAUGUUCAAUAGUUAACAGGCGUUUAGUUCAAUACCAAUAAGCGAAAUCUAUGGUAAGAUUAAAUGGAUAAAAAAAAUUCACAUUACUUAUCGAAACUCAUGAUUGUGUUCUUUGAGUAACUAAUGUACAAAGAGUCGUUGACAAUGAAUAUUACAGCCGUGGUAGUCAGUGAAAGGCUGUUGGUCUACGUAUGUUACUCCUCUAAAGCCUUUCAUUUUGUGUGGGUAUUUGAUGUAAAAAUCAUAAACAUUUCUGUGUGUGUGCCGGUUUGCAAAAUGUCAAAUUUCAUUCACAUAAACUAAAUAAAUUCUUCUUUUAGAAAUUCAACGCCAACAAACUUUCUAAAAAUCUCGGUGUCACUGUUCAAAGAAGGCAUAAUAGAAGACAUGACUUUGAUAAUAAGUAUCAUUAAUUAUUAAAUUUAGGAAAACAUUAGCAGGGUGAUGGGAUUCUUUGUUCAAUUAUUCUCCUUAUCAUAACUACACCGUAAUAUGUUUAACAACAUUAAUAAGAUUGAUAUUAAUGACGUAACGAUAUUUUAGAUAAUAGUGUUACGAAUUCAAAAGUGUUUAUGAAAGUAAAUUACGAAUGAUUUUCUCUAAAGAUCCUGACUACAAGAAACUUUACGUUUAUUAUUCUUAAUGUAGACAUUCGAUAGUGUGACUGAAACAAUAGUUUUGGUUGAUUGGAGAGGUAUGCAAAUGGAGGUUAGGAAGGAAUGAAUAUUUUCAUUUUCUUAGUGUUUAUCUCUGUAGACGGGAUCGUACUUCUAAAAUGUAGUCCCCUGUUCGCAAUUUUCCUCUCGUUGAUCUUUCUGUCACUUGUUAACCUUAGUUUCGAAUCAUCACGUUUGUCCAAUCACAACUCGGUAUUAUGAUAACUUUUGUCCUAUACAAUUCAUUGUAUUUACCAAUCACCAGUCCAGUAUGAAUUUUGUACAAAAUCGUUCGCUUUCUGAUUGGCUGUUCAAUCAUUUCUUUUCAUUAAUUCAAAUGGAAUACUCCUAACCCUGUCGAUCAAAAAAUACUUUAGAACGUGCUAGGUAUAACUAAAUAACCUGGGUUGUUACAACGAUUGGCACAUGGUUUACUAUAUAGACAAUAGAUUUGACUUACUCUUAUUGGACAAAUGUUUCGCUAAGAGUUUGUCUAUUUCAUCUACUAUCGAUCUGUUUGCGUAUUUUAUAUGGCAACACGUGUCACCUUGACAACGCCUAACGCGAUUAAAUUGAACUAGUCAUCAUUUUAGUAUAGAUUUAUGUAGUCGUUUUUAAGUAAUAACGGAAGUUGUAAUUACAAUAAUUCGCUCUCUUCAUGGAUGUGGAUUAUCCAGAAACGUCAUUUACGGACUUCCAAGUUUUUGAAUUACUCGGCCGUGGAGGCUUCGCACAAGUCUAUCGUGCUAAGUCCACGAUUACCGGGCAAGAAGUUGCUAUCAAGAUGAUCGAUAAAAAGGGUAUGCUCCAACAUAGACUUGCCAACCGUGUACGCCGUGAAGUAGAAAUACAUAGCCGUCUCAAACAUCCUUCAAUAUUAGAGUUGUAUACGUGUUUUGAAGAUGAAAAUUAUGUUUAUUUGGUUUUGGAAAUAUGUCAUAAUGGAGAAUUACAAACUUAUAUACGUCAAAAUGGCCCUGUAACCGAAGAUACUGCUCGACAUUAUUUAAAACAAUUGAUCAGUGGUCUUCUUUAUUUACAUUCACACAACAUACUUCACAGGGAUUUAACUUUGGCAAAUCUUUUGCUAACUAAAGAUAUGAAAGUUAAAAUUGCUGACUUUGGAUUGGCUACUAAAAUUGAGCCAGGUGAAGAUCACAAAACAAUGUGUGGGACGCCAAAUUAUAUUUCCCCGGAAGUCGCUAGUCAUAAUCAACAGGGUUUAGAAACUGAUGUCUGGUCGUUAGGGUGUAUGUUUUAUACGCUAAUUGUUGGUCAUCCACCAUUCGAUACGCGAGAAGUUCGUUCAACUUUGAAUCGUGUCUUAGCUGUCGAUUAUGAGUUGCCAUCAACUGUUUCCUCUGAAGCAGCUGAUUUAAUUAAUUCUUUACUUCGACGUGAACCUCAAGAACGUCUCAAGUUGAAAGCAAUCAUACAACAUCCAUUUAUGUUAAAGAAAUCACGUCCUCAGCGUCACAUGAAAACGUCUAAUGACAGUGGGAUUGAUUCAAUUUAUCGCACACCGUUAGGACACUUAUCCAACAUUCUUAAAUCCCAUCAUCUUCGCAAAGUGAAGUGUAAUGAAUCUAACACUCACCCUUGUAACACUCCAAUUUCUACAGCCAUCUCAGAUACCCAAUGUGAUACAAGUAUCCCUUACUUUUUGGCACCUGCACAAUCUCAUGCAGUUAUCAGUUGGGAUCCUGCGAUUAAUGUCCAUGAAGAUGUACAACGUCCCACCGAGCAGCUUAAUACUCAUCCAAAUAUCAGACAUACAUGUUACUCUGACGGUGCUUUUGAACAGUCCCGUUCGGUUUUCUCACAAGUGUCGGAUUCAGAAAUUAAGAAAUCACUAUUAAGUAAUAGUAAUCAACUUGUCAACUCAACAGUUAACCGGCCUUAUAACAAUUUAUCUGGUCUUCCUCUUUCCUCACCUUCACAUCCAACUGCUACAGAGGUCAUAACAACGCAGCAUGCUGAUUGUGUGAAAGGUGACACUAAUAUUUCCAGAUCCGAGUUAUCAUCUAAAAGUAGUAGCAAGCCAUUCUCAGCCCAUCCUUUACCAUUAAACACGCUUCGCUUGAAGCCAAUGAGAACAUAUACACGUCUAGCUGUGAUUAACAUUCUACAGGAUGAGUCUGUUUGCCUGGAAUUUUUAGGAGGUUCAGCUAAAACUCGACAAAACCAGACUUCAGUAACAAAAAGCAGUCAGAACUUGCGAGUUGUUGAGGUGAUGGGUAUCAAUAAUACUGGACAAAAUAUUUUGAUAUAUAGACCAAAUAUGGGAAAAGGAGUACCGUUAAAUGUUCAAGGGCUCGGUGACCCAUCUCAAUCAAAUUUAGCCAACUCUGAAACCACGAACUUUGGGAGUCCUCCACCUGCAUCGCCAGGUGAUCCACUCGAGUUUUAUACUUUAAAUACCUUACCUCAAAAGUACUGGCGAAAAUAUCAAUUUAUUUCCAAAUUCGUUCAGAUGGUUCGUGCUCAUACUCCUAAAGUAACACUUUACACUAAUAAAGUCAAAUGUAUGCUCAUGGAAAAUGGUCCAUCAGGAGAUUUUGUUACUGAAUUCCAUAAUGAUGGUACACGGGUAUUAUGUACUUCUGAUGGAUCAUUACGUAUUACUCAGACAACAGAAGAGGACAAUUCACUGAAAGUUAAAACGAAUAUUACACCCACAACAAUUACUCUUGAUUCAAAUCGAAGUCUUUCAACGCUUUCUCCAGAGAUAAGAAAACUUAUAGAUUAUGUAUAUGCCUGCCGAGAUCAUUGCCGAAAAAUUGAACAACUAUUAGCCAGAAUGGAUUCAGAAGAUACAUCAGUUUUAUCUUGUUCUUCAUUUCCUGUUAUAUUAGGACAUCGUCCUAAUACAGGUUUUAACCUGAUUACUUCGUCACAGAAUUAUCCAAAACCGACAUCAUUCACGAAUGUGAUAACGAAUGAAUUAGGUGAUCAAGUUUCAUUAUCUUCACAAUUGUAUAAUUUAAUAUCUGAUUGUUUGAAAGAAAAAUAUAAAAAUCCUUUAUCAGAAAAUCAAGCAAAACAUGAUCAUUUGCCUACAAAUGCAGUAUUCGUCCCGAAUGUGGGUUGGGCAAGCCAAUUUAGUGACGAUAGACUUCAAGUGCAAUUUAAUGAUGGAGCCAAACUUUUAUUAGUUUAUAACCGAACUUUAGUCUAUUCUAUCCAUUAUUCUGCACCUCCUGAACACAAUCAGGAACUACCAAAAGAAUAUGUGUACAACACAUCUGAUCCUCUCCCAGACCAUAUUUAUCGAAGGUUAGAGGUAAUGCCAACCGUUAUCAAUCAACUUCGUACAGUUGCCAACAAAAUUAUUUCUUGAAAUUGUACAGAAUAAAUAUACUUUCCCUACAAAUUAGCAUCAAGUAUGGCUGUGAAAAUUCUGUUUUUAUCUAAAAUUUUCAAUUUCUAUGGAAUUAUCAUUCCACGUUCAUACCUGUUCUUUCUUCAUCUAAACUUUUGAAAAAUUAAUCCAUCGCUCAUAAAAAUUUCCUUUUAGUUACCUUUCUUACUUUAUUAUUUGUUCAUGCGUACUCCUUCAGUUUUCUUACUGUAUCAUCGUUCCAGUAUUUUUCAGAUGGCGCCUGUCCUAAAACAGUUUUUUUGUUAAAUAUAUUUGUCUGUAAAUAACUUGACUUACGAUCUUUUUUAUUGGUUCAUACUACUGUACGCAUCGUAGAAAUGUUGGUAGAACAAGAUGUCACCUUUUCAUAUCACUAUCUUAAAUUACUG